AUGCGUCGAUAUCGGUCACUAUCACCUGAGAGAGCGUCUGAUAUCGAUCCUGAUUUUGACAAAACCCUUAGAUCUUUUAAGAAGUCUGUUAAAGCAAAACGUGAGCGCCCAAUUGCUCGUAAUAUAAACUUUGACGUAAUGGGCGACCAAACAGGGGCAGCUGGUGGGGAACAGGGCUCCCCAUUGGUGGAGUAUUUUAUUCCAAAUGAGUAUGAGUCCACUUCGUGCAUAGUCAUGCCCACGGUAAGAGCCAACCAAUACGAGAUAAGGCCGGGCACUUUACAGAUGUUGCCCUCAUUUUAUGGGAAACCAAACGAGGAUCCUUAUGAUCACUUGAACCAAUUCAUGGAAACGAGCAAAAUUAUUUGCAUUCGUGACUUUGAUAAGGAUGCAUUGAAAUUACUCCUUUUCCCAUUCUCGUUAAAGGAUAAGGCCAAACAGUGGUUGAACUCCUUACCGGCAAACUCCAUCACCUCUUGGACUCAGAUGUGCGAAGAGUUCCUAAAGAAAUAUUUCUCCAUCGGUAAGACAACUCUUCAUAGACAAGAGAUCACCGGAUUUACCCAACACGAUGGAGAACAGUUUCAUGAAUCUUGGGAGAGAUUCAAUGACCUUCUUAGGACGUGUCCUCACCAUGCUAUCCCCAAGUGGCAGCUUGUUCAGUCUUUUUACCAGGGUUUGACUGAACCACACCGCCAACUGGUUGAUUCUUCUAGUGGUGGGACCUUUCUGCAUAAGAAUGUGAAUGAUGCAUGGAAGUUAUUCGAAAAUCUUAGUGAAAACUCUCAACAUCGUGCAUCGUCCCUCAGACAUUCGAGAGGGGCAGCGUCUAGUUCUUCCAAACAGAGAGGGGUCUAUGAGGUUCAGCCCUCUAAUGACCUUACACAUCAAGUAGCUGCCUUGACCCAAACAUUGAAAGAAUUAAUCACUUCAGGUCAACAUCCUCUCCCUGUGGGACAUCAUCCGCCCACUUUUCAGGAGGCGUGUGGGAUUUGUGCUAGUCCCAUGCAUUACAUCACUGAUUGUCCUUCUGCUUCCCAAUAUCCAGAGUUUGUGCAAGAGCAAGUUAGUGCUGCACAAGGGUUCUCCAGGCCAGGCUACGACCCAUUUUCUCCCACAUACAAUGCUGGCUGGAAAGAUCACCCAAACUUUUCUUGGAGGACGCAAAAUCAAGGCAGUCCCUCCUCUUUGCAACAGAGACCGCACAACCAAAGUGGUUUCAACCAACCAAGGCCCACUUAUCCAAGCACUUUUAAUCAAGCGGCUUCCCAAAGGGCACCACAGCCUUUCCAACAAGCACCUCCUCCUUCUCAGGCACCCCAGCCUCAAAGGUCUCCCAAUUUUGAUGAGACCAUGUUACAAGGGAUGCAAACUGUGCUCCAAAAACUACAGGGAUUAGAGAGUACCAGCCAACAAUGUAAUUCCAAUACUCAAUCCAUAGUGCGGUUAGAAUCCCAAAUUGGCCAACUGGCCAAUGCGCUUAGCAAGAGAGAGGAGGGUAAGCUACCCAGCCAACCAGUUUCCAAUCCUAGGGGUCAAUUCCAAGUUGACCAGCAGCACGCUCCUAACCAUCACCAGGAGCAAGCUAAAGCAGUUGUGGCCCUUCGAUCGGGCCGGGUUGUAGAGACUAGGCCUACAGAUUACACUUCGAAAAAGCAAGAUGCUCGAUCUUCUGUUUCUAGGCCUAAGGAAAAGGACAAGAUCCUUGAAGAGGAGGAUGCGCCUCCUUUUGUUACUGAUACCACUUCACCUACUUCUCCUUCCACCAGUUCCGCCGUGGUACCACCAGGUGUACCACGUGUCCCUUUUCCAGCGGCUCUUAAUUCACAAUCUCCUUAUACUAAGAAAGCUGCUGUGAUGGAAGAUAUGAUUGAGACUUUCAAGCAAGUCAAGAUAAAUCUUCCUCUUCUGGAUGCCAUUCGGCAAGUCCCCUCAUACGCUAAAUUUCUUAAGGACCUUUGCACUCAAAAGCGUAGAACUCGAACCAAUGUUACAAAAAAGGUCCUUCUAGCUGAGGGUGUCUCCUCUGUUUUCCACACUUCUACUGCCCCUAAGUUGCCCGAUCCAGGGACCCCCACAAUUUCAUGUGUCAUAGGUGACCACAUUAUAGAAAGGGCACUUCUGGAUCUCGGGGCCAGUGUUAAUCUUAUGCCAUACUCUGUGUAUGAGCAGUUUGGGUUUGGGGAGUUGAAACCCACAUCGGUGACUUUACAGUUGGCGGACCGAUCCGUUAGAAUCCCAAGGGGCAUUGUCGAGGAUGUAUUGGUCAAAGUUGACCAAUUUCUUUUCCCUACAGAUUUUAUCAUCCUUGACACAGAGCCUGGCCAAGCAUCCAUGCAAUCCACCACCAUCAUACUUGGUCGUCCUUUCUUAGCUACAGCCAAUGCUAAUAUCCAUGUCAAGGCCGGGGUGAUGGAUGUGUCUUUUGGAAACAUGAAUGUUAGGCUUAAUAUUUACAAUUCCACCAAGUACCCUUCCACGGAUGAAGACUGUUUCGCAGUCGAUGUCAUAGAUGAUGUCGUGGAGGAAGCUCUUCCCUACAUUCUCACUAAGGACCCUUUAGAGGCGUGCUUGGCCCAUUAUGGCCAUGAGGAGUACGACUUAGGUCAAACCAUUGCAGAGGUCAACUCAGUGCUCAAUCAUGCACCUCCAACAUGGCGAGCCAAGUUUGAACCAUUACCACCCUUAUCACGUGAGCCUGCGCUCCCUUCUAUAGAGGCCCCUCCGAAGCUUGAGCUGAAGCCACUCCCGGCCAAUCUCAAGUAUAUCUUUUUAGGGUCUACAGAUACUCUUCCUGCGAUUAUCGCGUCUGACCUUACUGUCGUGCAGGAGGGUCAGCUUGUUGAUGUGCUUAGGAGGCACAAGGGUGCUUUAGGGUGGUCGGUAGCGGACCUCAAGGGGAUAGACCCCUCCGUUUGCAUGCAUCGUAUAAAUUGUGAGGAAGAUGCCAAACCAUCUCGAGAGAUGCAACGGAGAUUAAAUCCCAACAUGAAAGAGGUGGUAAUGAAAGAGGUGGUGAAAUUGUUAGAUGCGGGUAUCAUAUACCCCAUCUCUGAUAGUAAAUGGGUGAGUCCCACGCAGGUGGUGCCUAAGAAGUCAGGCAUCAUCGUGGUGAAAAAUGAUAAGGGUGAGUCUGUCCCCACUCGCAUGACCACGGGGUGGCGAGUGUGCAUUGAUUAUCGGAAGUUGAAUUCCAUGACUAGGAAGGAUCACUUUCCACUUCCAUUUGUGGAUCAAAUCCUAGAACGGUUGGCGGGCCAGAGUUACUUCUGUUUUCUUGAUGGCUAUUCAGGCUAUAAUCAAGUGCCCGUUGACCCCGCAGACCAAGAAAAAACCACAUUCACCUGUCCGUUUGGCACCUUUGCCUAUCGGCGGAUGCCUUUUGGUUUGUGCAAUGCACCUGCAACCUUUCAAAGGUGCAUGAUGGCAAUAUUCUUUGAUAUGGUGGAGAAUUUUCUUGAGGUCUUCAUGGACGACUUCUCGAUUUUUGGGAAGUCUUUCGAGAGUUGUCUCCAUAAUCUAGAGAGGGUGCUUAAGCGCUGUUUGGAGACCAAUUUGGUGUUAAGUUGGGAGAAGAGCCAUUUUAUGGUUCAAGAGGGAAUUGUGCUAGGUCAUGUCGUGUCUAAAAGGGGGAUCGAAGUCGACAAAGCUAAAGUGGACCUUAUCUCUAAGCUUCCUCCCCCUUCUACCGUCAAGCAAAUCCGCUCAUUUUUAGGGCAUGCGGGGUUUUACCGCCGCUUCAUUAGAGACUUUAGCAAAAUUUCAAAACCCUUGUGCGACCUCCUUGCCAAGGAUGCCCCUUUUGUCUUUGAUGAUGCGUGCAUGAAUGCCUUCGUGAAGCUUCGUACUGCAUUGUCUUCCGCCCCGAUCAUGCAAUCCCCUGUUUGGUCUCUUCCCUUUGAGAUCAUGUGUGAUGCGUCCGACUAUGCGGUUGGCGCGGUCCUUGGCCAACGGGUGGAUAAGGUGUCUCAUGCCAUUUACUAUGCGAGUAAGACUCUCUCCGAUGCUCAAUUGAACUAUACCACUACGGAGAAGGAGAUGCUCGCGGUAGUAUUUGCGUUAGAUAAGUUUCGGUCCUACCUCUUGAGGUCAAAGAUUAUCGUGUACUCUGACCAUGCCGCGCUACGGUACUUGCUUUCAAAGAAGGACACGAAACCUAGGUUGAUUAGGUGGGUCUUGUUGCUACAAGAAUUUGACUUAGAAAUCCGGGACAAGAAAGGUUCCGAAAACUCCGUAGCUGACCACCUCUCUAGGAUCUUGAUUGACUCCGCAUGUGACCCUUUACCCUUAAAAGACUCUUUUCCAGAUGAGCAACUUUUUUCGGUGUCACAUAGUCAACCCCCUUGGUAUGCGAAUAUUGUAAAUUACCAUGCCACUGGCGCCAUACCUUCCCAUUGGUCCAAGCAAGACAAGGACCGAUUCUUUGCGCAGGUUGGUAAUUAUUUUUGGGAGGAUCCGGAGUUGUUCAAAUAUUGCUCGGAUCAAGUGAUUCGGCGAUGUGUCCCCGAAAGUGAGCAACAGAGCAUAUUGACUUUUUGUCAUACUCUCGAGUGUGGGGGACAUUUUAGCGGUAAGAGGACCUCGGCAAAGGUCUUGCAAUGCGGGUUCUAUUGGCCCACACUUUUUAAGGAUGCCCAUGAGUUUUGCAAGGCAUGCCUUCGUUGCCAAAAGGUUGGCAACUGUUGA